GCUGGCAGUGCGGGAGUUCGGGCCGCUGGUGGACUACUGGGUGACGCUGGCAGUGCGGGAGUUCGGGCCACUGGUGGACUACUGGGUGACGUUCAACGAGCCGCACCUGUUUGUCAUCCUCACCUACUGCAUGGGCGUGUGGCCGCCCGGCAAGGCGCCCUCGCUGCUGCAGUCGGCGCUCUGCAUGUCGCCCGUGGGGCAGUACAGCCAGGCCAUGCAACACAUCGGGGAGGCUCACAUCUCUGCCUUCAAGAUCAUCAAGAAAGGGAGCACAGCACCAGUGGGCGUGGCGGCCAACACGGCGUUCAUGACGCCAUACAGCGCGCUGGACGUGGUGGUGCCGCUCUACAUCGACUGGAUGACACUCUUCCCCUGGGUCGACCACAUCCAGCAUCACCUCGACUUCUGCGGCCUCAACUACUACGGUCAGGAGUUCAUGUCGACAGCAGGCCUGCAGAGUGUGGAGGAGGAAGAAUUCUCCGAAGCCGGCAGGGCAGUCUACCCCGAUGGCUUCUACCGCAUCCUCAUGGCCUUCCACCGCCGCUACUCGCCCAGCCACCCCGCGCUGCGCUUCAUCGUCACUGAGAACGGCUUUGCCGACACUGAGGACAACAUUCGCCGCCCGUAUCUGAUUGAGCACCUGCUGGCACUGAACGCGGCUAUCAAGGAGGGCAUGCCCAUAGACGGGUACUUCCACUGGACCAUCAGCGACAACUGGGAGUGGGCGGACGGCUAUUGCCCCAAGUUCGGCCUGGCAGGCGUUGACAGGACCUCCGCCAACCUCACCCGCGUGCUACGCCCCUCCUACGGGCUCUUCAAGGAGGUGAGGGGGGAUUUUGCACGCCUGAAGAUUGUGGAGUCACGGCAAGUGACGGCGCAGCAGCGGGAGGAGGAGUGGGGGCAGCUGCAGCAGCGAGCGGAGCGGGGCGAGCAGCGCUCCUAUUGCCGUGCUGUUGAACCCAGCGGCCGCAUGGGCGCCGGUGAGCGCGGUGGUGGCGUGGGGGAUGCAUGGGGGGGCGCAUGGGGGGGUCAUAGCCACCUAGGAUUGUCGGCCAAGGCAGGCAUGUUGACGACUUCUGAGUUGACUGAAGAGUUCUCACCUCCCUCUCACCCGAUUGUCUGCUACCCUCUCUUCUCACCACCCCCCGACCAGACUCCCUUGACUCCCCCACAACACGGGUCAUACCCUCCAAAGACUGACUCCCUCGACUCCCCCUCAACACGAGUGAUAGCCACCAAGGACUGGCGCUAUGGCGAGUACAGGCGCCCCAAGGCCGCCGUGAUGGUGAAGCGUACGGCAAGGAUUUUCCGCAUCUGGCUGGAGGACCUGCUGCUUGCCGCCCAGCAGGCUGCAGAUGCUGCCAACUCCCUCCUGUGCCGCCUCAUGCAUGGCCCUCACCACCAGCACGAGCACCAGCACCAGCACCAGCAGCAACAGCAACAGCAGCAGGUUGUGGAGCAGCAGCAGGUAUGGGAGGAGGUGGAAGCAGACACUGAGAUACCGCCAGUAGCUGUUGCAGCUGCUGCCGCUGGUGCUGCUUCAGCAGACAAGGAUGAGCUGUAA